GCUGCUGGUACUAAGGCCUGCCUCAGGAAAAAUCCUGUGACACCUAUAUAAUAAAGAUCAAGAUCAAGAUCAAGCCUCUCGUGGACAGUGCUGCCGUUUGACGGAAAUUUGUCUGCUAAACAGAUAGAAAUGUCACCCUACGGAAGUCACGUGACCAGCGGAAAUAUUUCCGUAAUACUCGUACUGUUUUCGCCGCUUUUAUGAAUGAAACAAGUAAUGAAUAAAAAAUAAUGCUAUUAAAAUUAUUAACUUAACUCAUACCCUUGUAUUACUUGCAAAUUUAACGCAUUAUCUGUCACUGUUAAACAAACAGAGGCUAUAACAGUGGGUGAACUGUGAUGGCUGUCUACGGAAUUCUACUCAGGGGACCCAGACUUCCUUUUGUUUACGCCACGUUCCUGCACCGAGAAGCAUUUUGAGGUGUCACACUUACUAUCGACACGUAUUGCAUCUUAUAUCACUUAUCGGCAUGGCUCCACGUCAUAGUUUCCAAGAAAACUGGCUGUCAAAUGAUUUGUUCAAAGCAUGGCUGCCGAAAGUUGAAGGUGAUAUGAAAAGGGCAUACUGCAGAACGUGUCACAAAUAUUUGACAGCAGAAAUCACUUGCCUCAAGCAUCACUGUAAAUCAAGGCAGCAUACAAGCUUAGAAGAGAGGCGGCAAACAAGAAAUACUGAUCAGUGUCCUCAACCAGGCACAUCUCAAAAUGCCCAACACAACUUCCACGUUCAAGAUCAUGACUAUCAUGCACCUUCCCCAGAGACAGGUGGUGUGACAAGUGGUGUUGCUUAUGCAACAAUACUUUUGUUUGUAUUCCUAGCGGAGCAUAACUUACCAUUCCUUAUUUGUGAUCACCUCAUAGACUUAAACAAACGAAUGUUCCCAGAUUCAAGUAUUGCUGCUGAAAUGUCAAUGAAAAGAACAAAGUGCACGAAUAUUGUUAAUAAGCUAGGUAAAUUCUCCACUGAACGUUUGGCCGAGAAACUUAGGUGGUGUAAAUUUAGUAUUAUUGUUGAUGAAAUCACAGACUGUAGUGACAUUAAAUCUUUGGCGAUCAUGACAAAAUAUUUUGAUGAAGAUGAAAGCACCAUUAAAAUUGCUAUGUUGGACAUUGUAGAUGUUCAUAGUGAUGCCAACGGUUCAACUGGUCAGGGUUUGUUUAACAUAAUAAAACACUGCCUCAUACAUCAUAAUAUCCCCUUAGACAAUCUGACUGGUUUCGCAUCAGAUGGUGCUUCAAAUAUGAUGGGUACCUUCAAUAGCGUCACCAGUAGAUUGAGAGAAGAAUGUACUGGCAUUACUAUUUUUAGAUGUGUCUCCCACAGCAUUCAUUUGUGUGCUAGCGAAGCAGCUAAAACCUUACCUCGUGCAUGCGAAGAAUUGCUGAGAAAUAUAUAUAAUUACUUUGCACAUAGCGGCAAGAGAAAAUCUGAGUUUCGGGAAUUCCAAGACUUCUGUAAAUUAAAACCGCAUAAAAUACUGCAUGCUAGUGUAACAAGAUGGUUAUCAUUACAUGAGGCUGUGGCAAGGAUUUUGGAGCAGUGGAAUGCCCUAAAGUUGUAUUUUAAUAGUAAAGUUUUUGAUAAUAGGUUGCUGGCUGUCGAAAACAUUAAGGGGGCACUAGAGGAUCAAGCAAUAGUUUGCUAUCUCCAUUUCUUGAAUUACAUUUUGCCACAUGUAAAUAAUUUUAACUUAGUUUUCCAGAAUAAAGGGCCAUCGCUUCACUUGGUUCAUGACAAAAUAUAUAGCCUGUAUCGGUUUUUGAUACAUACCUUUUGUCAGGAGCAUUUACUUUGUAAGGUUCCCUUAUAUAAUGUCAACCCAGCAAAUGGCAGUUUACACAAACCUGUUAACCAAAUUUACCUUGGGGCAAAAUUACACUCAUUGUUUCAGACACCAAAAUAUGUGAAUAAUGUAGAUAUGGUAACUGAUAUGAUUCAAGUUAAGAUGUAAGACUUUUCUCAUUGUACUAUGCCAGGAAAUAAAGAAAAGAUUUGACCUAAAUAAUAAGUUAUGGAUGCUGACACGAUGUUUGCAUCCUAGACAAGUAAUGGAUCCCACCACCAGAGCUAAUAUGCCAUCCAUGAGCGACUUAAUGGAUGAAUUGCCAAGGAUCAGCAACAUGUAUGAUAAGCAGGUUGUUGACAACGAGUGGAGAAAUGUUCAGUUUUAUAAAUUUCCAGACCAUGUUAAAGAUACAAACAAUGAUAUUUGUCAAUUUUAUGCUCAUCUUAUGACACUUAAAGACGCCAUGGGAAAUUUCCAGUACCGUACCUUUGCUACCUUCGCGCUUAAUGUCCUGUCGCUUCCAACCUCUAAUGCCGAUGUUGAACGACUAUUCUCUAAGCUAAAUCUCAUUAAGCGAAAACAGAGAAAUUGUCUUCAUCUGAACACUAUAAAAUCAUUAAUAGCUUUGAGCGAGAUUUCUCAUCAGCAAGGUGACUGUAGGACAUUUGAGCCUGAUUCUGAAAUGUUAUUGUGUCUUAGGAACUAAAUGUAAUCAUACAAGUGUAUGUAUGUAUGUAAUUGGUGUUGGUGGGUGAUAAAUUUAUUUACUGUACAUAUAGCUUUGUACACAAUA